AUGACUAACGCACUGCUCGAUGCUCUCGAGCAUGCCGGAAGCAAAAGCGCAAACGAUGAGGGAGAAUCACUAUCAUCCUUUCUGGCUUCGCUGGCGACCAGUAUCAUUAUCUUUGCCGUUGAAUUUUGUGUCUUCUUAAUGCUCAAAGGCAAACUGACUCGCAUUUAUCAGCCACGCACAUACCUGGUCCCGGAUCGGGAACGUACUGAAGCAUCACCGCCAGGUCUAUUUCGCUGGGUUGGCCCUGUAUUUUCAACCCCCAGUGCCGAAUUCAUCCAGAAAAGCGGCCUGGAUGCCUAUUUCUUCUUGCGCUAUCUGCGCAUGCUCCUGAAGAUCUUCAUUCCAUUGGCCGUGUUGUUGAUUCCGGUCCUGAUUCCCAUCAACCGGGUUGGAGGGAAGGGCACGAACUUCAUCAACGGCCACAAUGGAACGCGAUAUUCCGUAACGGGCCUCGAUCAGUUGGCCUGGGGAAAUGUCCGACCCUCCCACACCCACCGAUACUGGGCGCACCUGAUCAUGGCAAUCAUUAUCGUGGCCUACGUGUGCGCGAUCUUCUUUGACGAGCUGCGAGUCUAUAUUCGCAUGCGACAAGCCUAUAUGACAUCGCCCCAGCACCGGCUGCGGGCAUCCGCUACCACCGUGCUGGUUACUUCUAUCCCAACCGACUGGCUGAAUGCCGAAGCCUUGAAUAAGCUCUUUGGCGUCUUCCCGGGAGGUGUGAGGAACAUCUGGAUCAAUCGGGACUAUGAUGAGCUCCACGAAAAGGUCAAACGACGGCGCAAGGUGGCGCUCAAGCUGGAGGCGGCCGAGACCUCCCUCAUCCGUCAGUGCAAGGAAGCUCAACUCAAGCAGCUCAAGGCGGAGGACAAGAAGAACCGAAAAUCCAAGAUCAGCGCCCAAGAUCGAGAAAGGAUGGCCACCGAUAGACGGGCAUCUCAAAUGGCCAUGGGACCCGGUGUGAGCUCCGGCAAUCCCCACCAGGCUCACACGCUGGCAGAAGUUCUCCAUCGGCAGCCCGAAGGAAAGCAGCACAAUACAUCGGACGGUGUCAUGGAUAAGGUAUUUGAUCCGGCGAUCAUGGCGGCGGGGGCAGUUGGCCAAGGUGUCGGGAAACUGGGCAAAACUGUUCUCGGUGGUUUCAAGAAGGUCGAGGGCGGUAUUGACAAUAAACUGAUGCGUACGGGUGGCUUUGUCGAGUCUCUGGACUAUGGAUUACCUCGUCAAAUCACUCCCGUCAGCAGCAGGGAAGAUUCUCCUCCUACCAACGUCGAAGGGAAACCUACGACGUCUGAUUCCGCUACCCAACCGUCAGAACCUAGCCAGGAUGUCAAGCCACUGUCCAAACGACCCUCUUGGGUAUCUCGAGUCUCAUCUUACUCCAAGCAUUCUAAACGUGACCCGGAAAUUGAUGAGCAACCUCUCACUGCACCCGAAACACCUAUCCCUGAUACGGAGCCUGGUAGCUUUGGCCGAUCAAUGACUGAAAAGCAGGAGAUAAGCCAGCAAAACGACGGUCAAGAACGUGAUGACGAUGAUCCGCCGCCGUAUCCCGUUGCAUAUAACGAAGAAUUUGCAGAGGAUGAUCUUGAGAAAUUGGAUGAAUCAGACCAGCCAUUGUGGAAGAAAUACAUCAAGGCUAAGGAUCGAGACACAUGGCGACUUCCGUGGUUCAAGUGGAACAAAUGGCCAACUAUCUGGCUUAUUGGCACGAAAGUUGACACAAUCAACUACUGUCGCAAAGAACUCGCCCGCCUGAACCUGGAAAUUGAAGUCGAUCAACAACACCCCGAACGAUUCCCGCUCAUGAACUCAGCAUUCAUUCAGUUCAAUCAUCAAGUUGCUGCGCAUAUGGCUUGUCAGUCACUCAGUCAUCAUCUGCCCAAGCAGAUGGCACCACGAAUCGUGGAAAUCUCUCCCGACGAUGUCAUCUGGGACAACAUGUCUAUGAAGUGGUGGGAGCGGUAUUUGCGCACCUUUACUAUCAUCACGAUUGUCUGUGUGAUGGUUAUUUCAUGGGCAAUUCCUGUUGCAUUUACCGGGCUGUUGUCGCAGCUAUCGUAUCUAGAGGGCCUCUUUACAUGGCUAUCUUGGUUGAGCAAGCUACCGAGUUGGCUGGUCUCAGCUAUUCAAGGUGUCUUGCCUACAAUCUUCCUCGCGAUCUUGAUGGCAAUUCUUCCUGUCUGUCUUCGCUUCCUGUGUAAGAGGCAAGGUGUAGUGACGGGUAUGGCUAUCGAGAUGACCGUUCAAAACUACUACUUCGCCUUUCUGUUUGUACAGCUUUUCCUGGUUGUUACAAUUUCGUCUAGCAUUGCGUCUAUUCUCGAGGGCGCUUCCGACGUGAGCAACUGGCCAACACUUUUGGCCAACGAUAUCCCUAAAGCUAGCAACUAUUUCUUCUCUUAUAUGAUACUACGGGCUAUGUCUGUGAGUGCUGGUGCACUGAUGCAGAUUGCCGGCCUGAUUAAAUGGUUCAUUCUUGCUCCAAUUCUCGAUAAAACUGCGAGAAAGAAGUGGACUCGAAUGACCACCUUGAACCGAAUGAAAUGGGGCUCUUUCUUCCCUAUGUAUACUACGCUGGCCUCGAUCGGAAUGAUCUACUGCGUUGUUGCACCUUUGAUUCUUGUGUUCAAUGUUAUUACGUUUGGUGCCUUCUGGUUUGUGUAUCGCUACCGCACCCUUUAUGUUACCAAGUUCCGAUUUGAUACCGGGGGCCUCCUUUUCCCUCGGGCCAUUAAUCAGCUUUUCACUGGUCUAUACGUAAUGGAACUUGCUCUCAUUGUCUUGUUCUUCCUGGUUCGAGACGAGAACGAUGAGGUGUCCUGCAAAGGCCAAGGCAUCAUUAUGUGCUUUGUUCUUGCUAUGACAAUCGGCUAUCAAGUUCUCCUCAACGAUGCAUUUGGACCCCUGAUUAGGUAUAUACCAAUCACCUUGGAAGAUGAUGCUAUCCGCCGCGACAACGAAUUUCAGCGUGCCCAACAUACUCGACUGGGCCUUGCUGUCGACGAAGAUGGUGGUGAUGAGGCUCCGCCAGUUGAUCAUGGAGUUCCCCACCCCGAGAACGACGAGCAUCCCGAGGGACGAGACAUCGAGCUCAAGAGUCUUGAGGCAGACCCAACCCGACGACCCAGGUCCUUGGGCGGGAACUCAACAGCCUCAUCGCCGACGAUGAUAAAGUCCCUGCGCGAAAAGGUGACCCAAGACACCGAAGGCCAAGAGCAAGUCUCAAACAGGCUCAGCGCCUUGUUCGCAGGCAUCCACGACGAACUGGAGGAUCUCACCCCCGAAGAGCGCGAUCAACUAGUGCAGCGCGCCUUCCAACACGAGGCGCUUCGCGCGAAACGGCCUGUGAUUUGGAUUCCGCGGGACGAUCUUGGAGUCAGCGACGACGAAGUCCACCGCACCCAGAGAUUCAGCAAGCAUAUCUGGGUCAGCAACGAGUACCAGGGACUUGACGGCAAAUGCCGAGCGGUUUUCAGUCGCAGUCCACCGGAUUUCUCUGAGCUGGAUAUCAUUCAACUCUGA